AGGGUCCUCCCGCAUAUAAACGUAGCCGUCUUCCUUUUUUGUUUGAAGCUGUUCAGGGUGGAGAAGACAGAGGCGGAGCCAUGGUGAACGUCAACUACUACCGCAAUUAUGGGAAGACCUUCAAGAAACCAAGACGUCCGUACGAGAAGGAGCGUUUGGAUGCAGAACUGAAGCUGGUCGGAGAGUACGGUCUCCGUAACAAGCGUGAGCUCUGGAGAGUGCAAUACGCACUUAGCCGUAUCCGAAAUGCGGCGAGAGAUUUACUCACCCUCGACGAGAAGAAUCCGAAGAGGAUCUUCGAGGGCGAGGCUCUCCUCCGUAGGAUGAACCGUUUCGGUCUUCUUGACGAGAGCCAGAACAAGCUCGAUUAUGUCUUGGCUUUGACCGUCGAAAACUUCCUUGAACGCCGCCUCCAGACUCUCGUCUUCAAGUCCGGUAUGGCAAAGUCCAUCCACCAUGCCCGUGUCCUCAUCAGACAGAGGCAUAUCAGGGUCGGUAAGCAAUUGGUAAACAUACCGUCGUUCAUGGUGAGAGUGGAUUCUCAGAAACACAUUGACUUUGCGUUGACUAGUCCGUUUGGCGGCGGCCGCCCCGGCAGGGUCAGGCGAAAGAAUGAGAAGGCUGCCUCCAAGAAAGCCUCUGGUGGAGACGGAGACGAUGAGGACGAAGAGUAAAGCUCUUCUUCUUAAACAACCCCGGAUUUUGUAAUCCGGUUCAAUCGAACCGGUUUCGGUUUCGAAAUUUUCGGUUUAUUUUAUAUGUUUGUCUUGGACUCGGUUUUUGCCCAUUCCAGACUUUCGUCUUCUUCGAGGCCGAAUUAAUUUAAAGAGAUGAUGGUUUAGAUAUUAUUUCUUACUUUGAA